UUUCCCACCAUUUUAAUAGAUAUUUUGGUUAUGCUUUUAAUUUGUACAUUCUUUUACUUACAUUUUUAUAAGUAGUUUUAUUCAAAUAAUUAUAUAAAUUAUAAAGAUGACCCAGUACCGUAGAAUAUCGGUUAACACAUCGUUGAAAAAUGCAUUUAUUUUUGAUGAGGAAUUAGAUAGUUUAGAAAAUGUUAAUAAUUCAUCAUUUGAUUGCCAGAAAAUUAAGGAUGUUCACAUUUCUUUAGAAGAGUCUCCUUUACAAAUAAACAAAGCACAAGAGGUAAACAAUGGAUUGGACUCUAAACAAAAUAUCCUAGUUAAACAAGAACCUUAUUCACCUGCACCACUUUCCAUUAUAAAUGAAGAACUUUGUCCCAAAAGAAUAAUUAAAAGCGAAUCUUUGUCUUCUCCUGUUAAGAAUGAAUAUGAUACAAAAAUAACUUCUAUUAAAAUAGAAUUGUCACCUAUCAAAACUGAAGAGGAUAUCGUUGAUAAACAGCAGAGUCUAAUCUCUUUGGGCACAAGUGUCAUUGAUUAUUCAGAAGAAAUAAUUCCCUCUGAAAAACACCUUAAAAUAGAAAACAAGGGACCAGAUUUAAGAAGUCGACUUAAUGCCAUAAGAAAUAGCAAUAAGGACAAGGUAGAUGAUAAAAUAUUAUCAAGAUAUGUUCAACAAGAAGAACCACAGCAAAAUGAUGGAAUUAUUACAAGAGCUAAGAAAAGAACAGUUUCUGAUCAUUCUGAUGGGUCAAGUUUUACUUCAGAACGCAGUAAAGGUCAACAAAAACGUUCAAAAAUAGAAAGGGAACAUGAUCCUAUAGUGUUAAAGAGAAGGCAGAAGCAAAUCGACUUUGGAAAGAACACUUUGGGUUAUGACAAUUAUACAAAAACUGUGCCAAAGUAUAAGAGAAAAAAGGAAGAUCCAGUCACUCCAGAUAAGACCAUAAAAUAUUCCAGAAGAGGAUGGGAUGGACUAAUAAAGAAAUGGAGAUUACAACUGCAUAAGUUUGAUCCUGACUAAGAAACAUUUUUCUUUUUUUUUUUAAUUGACUGACAAUGGAUGUAUAUUAAUAUUAUUUGUUUUUAAGGCUACAAAAACUAAACUAAAUGUUUAGUUUUUUUAUUUUAGUAUUACAAGAAUGUUUAUGAAGAUAAGGUUUGCUAAAAUUUUUUUUUUAAGUCAAAAAGUUUUUUAAUUGUAAAUAAGUCUAGCAAAUAA